AUUAAACCCUCCAAUCCACUCACACCGUCAAGAUGGUCUUCGCCUGGAAAUCCGCUGGUUUGACUUACAACCGCUACCUGGCCGUCGCUGCUCGCGCGGUCCGCCGGUCCCUCAAAGACGGCCCUCGUGUCGCCGCUGAGCGCCGUGGAAACAUGGACCUGCGUUUCGCCAAGUGGGAGAACGGCAAGCAGGGCGAAGUUAAGAACCUUGCCGAAGCCAACGACCAGGCUCUCGCCGCCAAUGCCGAAUCGAAAUAAGCGUCUCUUUUGAACUCCCGGAUACGCAGUG